AUGUCUCGAACGAAAGCAAAGAAACGUCCCACGUUGCAGACUGAGAGGGUCUCAGUACUCAGUGAGCUUCAUCCGCGACGUAAAGUGAAAAAAAUAACAGUCACCAUCAAGCUUCCCAUCAAUGUUUUAACUGCCAUUAAUCAGAAGAACUAUAAUGCCGUGGUGAAAACACCACUUCGGCAGGGUGAUGGAACAGUGGGACAAUUGGAGGGGAUUUUUACAGACGAUACGGAAAGGCAGAUACCUUCUAAAAAAAGUUCUCCUACUGCUCGACACUCAGAAGAUUUCAACGAUAUUACUGAACUUGAACGCGAGAUCUUAUCUCAGCUUGACCCAUCUCUCGGAAAUUGCAGUCUGCAUUCUCACCAGGGGAAGCCUAAUAUAAUGAAUGAUGAGGUGUUGCUCAAAUCCAGAACGGGCGAUGGUGAACCGGAUGUGGAUACCAAACUCCAUGACACCACAGAAUUGUCUGAGGAGCGUGAAAAGCCCAGGCAUUUGGAAAACGAUAGAUUUCGCAAGGAUACGAGUACUAAACCAAAAGCAGAGUAUAAGUCAGUUCCACCCAACAUUAUUCCUUUAUUGAAAUCAGAGUUGUGUAAUUCCGAAUCUGGCGAUGACGAGGCGUUGAUCGAUAGUGUUGCUUUCUCUUUGAAUGACCCGUUGGGAGGAGGCAGAAUCAAGUUUCCAGUGAAAUCAAGAUUCUGUACGCAUCUUGAAUGCUUUGACUACUUUAACUUUUGCAUAUUCAACAAGAUCACAAGCACUACACAAAGUGUUACUCAACGAAACUUGAUUCGACAGAAUUACGAUAGAUUGUCGAAAAGCGACAAACGAGCGCAUAAUGGGAUGUAUGUUCAGCGGCUGGCCGCGAACGGCAAACAAAGGCAACUCCCUAAUGGUGGCAGGUUGCAAUUCUCCCAGACACAUGGCUCAAGCGGCUUUAAUGGCUUUAAUGGCUUUAAUGGCCCAGAAGGCUCAAACAAUUUAAAGGAUAUCCGACUACCUUCAUACGUGACUAUUUUGGAGAAUCCGAAUCCCGUAUACACGUCAAGGUUCUUGACACCGGGAUACCAAAAUUGCCCUUUUUACAAAUGCCCCAUAUGCGAGGUGUCGUUUCCUUUGAGUGCAUUGAUGGUGAGCGAUGUGUUCAACUAUUUCCUCAAAAUGACGUCGCAAGAUGUACAUAAGGUUGAACUAUUGGGAUCAGAAAAGUAUCGGCCUAUAGGCCACGGCGGCUUCUCAAGCACCAAAACUUUUAGGGUAGAAGGAGAAAGAGCAGAGAACGAUGCAGCAGGGGGUGAGGAAACAAUACUUGAUACGAUUCUGAUCAGUUCAGAUGAUGGUCUGGACGAUGAUCAUAAAGAAAGGAUAAAAGAGGAAGAGGUAAAUAAGGCAUUUCCGAGUCGUAAUAAUAAAACCACAAUACCAGUGCCGCCGACCUCAACUAUGGAAACGUUUUGGAACUCCUACAACUGGUCUAACGAGGGCAACGGCGAUAGCUGGGAUGAUCCGGUGGUUAUAGAUUAA